AGCCUCAAGAGUGAGACGCAACGAUCAGAGACCCUUGAGUCACAUCCAGAUUCACUACACAUUCAGUUGCCAGCAGAACGUACAUCAGUAACAACCUAUUCCACGUAAAGUCAAAAUGGCGGACAUAAGUAAAGAUGAGCUACGCAAAGAAAUCACCGCUAUUCUUAAGGAUGCUGAUUUAACAGCCAUGUCUGCUAAGAAAGUGCGGCAACAAAUUGAAGAAAAAUUAGACAUUGACUUAUCUGAAAGGAAAAGGGAAGUCGACGAUUUGGUGAUGGAGCAUCUCCAAGAAAAACAAGACGGAGGCAAGAAGAAGAAGAAGGCAGCCAGCGAAGAGUCCGAGGGAGAGGAGGAGGAGGAAGAAGAAGAAGAGGAAGCCUCUGAAGAAGAGGAGGAAGAAAAAGAAAAGAAACCAGCUAAACGUGGUCCUCCCAAGAAGACUGCAACUAAGCGCAAAGGAUCUUCUGAUGACGAAGAAAGCGGAAGCGAUGAUGACGCUAGUGACGAAGAAUACAGUCCUAAGAAAGUUGCUGCCAAAACAGCUAAGAAAGGAAAACCAGCAGCGAAGAAAGGAAAGAAGAAGGGUAGCGACAGUGACAGCGACGAAGACUGGGGUAAACAAAAAAAACCAGCCGCUGGUGCCAAAAAAGGAGGUGUUGGUAAAGGAAAAGGUUACACGAGAGCCAUUACUUUAUCUUCAGAAUUAGCGACUGUUGUUAAUGCUGAAAAAAUGGCGCGCCAUGAAGUUGUUAAGAAAAUCUGGAGCAUCAUCAAAGAAAGAAAUCUUUAUGAUCAGAAGAAUAAGCAAUUUGCCAUUUGUGAUGACGAACUCUUCAAAGUAUUCGGUGUAAAACGUUUCAGAACCUUUGGUAUGAUGAAGUACCUUAAAAAUCAUUUCUUAGACUAAGAUAAAAUAACAAUAACAAUUACAAUGAAUCAAUAUUAAUUAUUACAAUAAUAGUAAUAAUAAUUAUUAUUAAAUAUUAAAACCAACAACAACAACAACCAACAACAAACGAAAAAAAAAAAAAAAACAAAACAAUUUUUUUUAAAUUAAGUUUUUCCGCCACAACUCGUCGCAUGAUCUCCGACACAAUUCCUUUUAUAUGUUUCUUUAUUGACUAUUGAUUAAUUUUAAGUCUCUGAUUCAAGGUAAAUUCAUAACACAAUUAUGAUGUUCCAAGUAAUAAAAUUUUUUUGUUAAUAGUCAGCCCAUCAUAACAUCCAUUAGAUCCGGGGCAUUUUAUUGUUUGUAAUCCCUGAACUUUUUUUUGUA